AUGGCGUCACAACACUUGCCAUCAUCCUGUCAUGCCUACACAUCACCCGGUGUCGCAGAGGAUCUAUCGGAGGACUCUGCUGUUUACAAAGACAUCCGCGCCCUGAAGCGUUCUCAAAGCCGCCACGCCAAACAAUCCGCAAAAUAUCAUGGCUUUCGUGGUGUCGACCCCAAUUGGGUUGGUCAACCAUACGACCCUAUAUGGCGCUUCGAACAGAUGAAUUGGUGGAAGCCGGCCAAGGCCAUUUCGAAUGACUACCCUUCCUAUCAGAGAGAUACCAAUCGAGCAACCUGCGAACUGAAUCCAAAAUCGCACACCUACACCAAACGAGAUAUGUGGCUUGACCGAGACAUAAAUAUCUGGCCCUUAGAUCGUCAACAGCACGUGGGGAAGAAGAUUCGUGAAAAACGGGCUUGGAAAUAUCAAGAAAAAACACUGCAAAGGAGGACCAAGCAGAGAGCUAGGGCGAUAGCCUUUGAGGCAGAUGACUCAUAUUGGAACGAGGAUGUUGAUUCGGUCUACGACAUCGACGAGGAGAGUGGUAAUGAUCUAUAUGAACUCCAGGAUGGCUAUCAAAGCGACGCUGUCUUCCACGAGGAUGACAAGAUACCUGCGUCUCCCGUUGUGGAUGCCUUCUCAGUCCUACACGACCAGUCGUGUAAAGAGGAUGACGACUAUAGCAUGAUUUGUGAUUGGGAAUUUGAUGUGGUGUCCAUUGCGUCCAAUGACUCUGACUGGGGCAUUGGAUGA